AUGACUGUUGCUACAAAAACAUCUUCAUUGAUCACUCUAUCACACUUUUGUGCACACAUAAAGAACUGUCUCAACAAUGCGCUAGCCAAGACAGCUGUUCCUUACAAUAGAACCAACUUGCAAGCAGCAUUACAAUUAUAUAACCAAGGGUUUAUCUCCGGUAUUCAAAGAGGGUCCACUUUUGGGCCUGAUCAGGUGGAAACAGAAGUUACACAUGAAAAUAUCAGUUCUAGGAGGAUAUGGAUUGAUCUUAAAUAUAGACAAAACCAGUCUGUGAUAAAUCAGAUGAAGAUGGUCUCGGUGCCAAGCAAAAAAGUUGAGUUGAGUGCUGAAGACGUAAGGAACUUGGCUGCUGGUGUCAAGGUGAGGAGAGUGGAUCCAAUCCAACCAGCAGAGUGUUUAUUUAUUGAAAAUGAAGGUCAAUUAUACGAGUUGAAAGAUGCCGCAAAGAAAGGAUUGGGUGGGAAGGCAUUGUUCCGCAUAAGGUAG